AUGAUGUUAUUACAUCCGCCCAGCGUACAACGUUGUUACGUUGAUGAGCUAUGUGAUCAGUAUGACAGUGAACUGCGCAGGAUUGUUAACACCCAUGCUCCGUUAAAGACUUGUUUGAUAACCUCACGACCGGCUGCACCCUGGUAUUCUGAAGAAAUCUCCAUAGAAAAAUGCCAACGCCGUCGGCUUGAAAGACGUUGGCGUAAAUCUGGUUUGGAAGUUGAUAAACAACAGCACGCGGAUCAAUGCAGACGGGUUAGGGAACUUAUCAAAUCAUUAAAGAUGAAUUACUUUUCUGCCAUUAUUGUUGAAAACAAAUCAAAUCAUAAGAUCUUAUUUAGUACAAUAGACCGAAUGUUACACCGUACACCUGAGAAACAUUACCCCACAUGUGGUUCUACUGCUAAACUGUGCAACAAAUUUGCUGAUUUUUUUACACAGAAAAUAGUGACCAUAAGGCACAAUAUAGACGCAAUGACGAUAAAUGAUACCACGAAAUAUGAUCAAUUUGAUAAUGCCACUAUUAAUUGUGAGCUGACUGAACUUUCUCCAACUUCAGAAGAGAAACUUUCUGGUUUAGUAAAGAAGAUUGCCUCCAAAUCGUGUUGUUUAAGUUGUUAG